AGAGUCGCCGCUGUCCUGAGCUCAGCCGGCCUCCACUCCCGCCCCGUGCCAGCGACAUCGCCCACUGCGGCUGCGGGCACCGGGUACCGUGCUCCAGGCUGGCCGGGGAUGCGAGCUGCUCCCGCGACGGUAUGGCAGCCUCAGGAUGGGGCCGAGGAUGCGACAUCCUCAUCUUCUACAGCCCGGAUGCGGAGGAAUGGUGCCAGUACCUACAGGACCUUUUCGUGUCCUGCCGUCAGGUCCGCAGCCAGAAGAUGCAGUCAUACCGCCUGGGCCCAGAUGCCGCCUUCUCUGCGGAGGACCUGCGGGUCUUCCGGGACGCACGGUGCAUGCUGGUGCUACUGUCUGCGGGGCUGGUGGAGUGCUUCUGCCAGCCAGGACUGUUGCCAAUGCUGCAGCGAGCCUUCCACCCUCCUCAGCGUGUGGUGCGGCUGUUGUGCGGAGUGCAGUCCAGCGAGGAGGACUUUCAGGCCUUGUUUCCCGAAUGGGCACACUGGCAGGAGCUCACCUGUGAUGACGAGCCGGAGACCUACCUGGCAGCUGUGAGGAAAGCCAUUUCUGAAGAUUCUGGCUGUGACUCAGUAACUGAUACAGAGCCUGAGGACGAGAGAGCUCUUCCUCUCUCAAAGCAGACGAGCCUGCCUCUAGAGACAUCGCCUGGGAACCUGAUGGUGGUGCAGCCGGACCGCAUUCGCUGUGGGGCAGAAACCACUGUGUAUGUCAUUGUGAGAUGCAAGCUGGAUGAGAAGGUGUCAACAGAAGCAGAGUUUUCUCCUGAGGACUCGCCCUCCAUCAGGGUAGAAGGUACACUGGAGAACGAGUAUACGGUUUCGGUGAAGGCUCCAGACCUCUCAUCGGGAAAUGUUUGUCUGAAGGUAUAUUCUGGGGACUUGGUGGUAUGUGAAACCACCAUCAGCUAUUAUACUGACAUGGAGGAAAUUGGGAACUUACUGUCCAGUGCCGCCAAUCCUGUGGAGUUCAUGUGUCAGGCCUUUAAAAUUGUGCCCUACAACACGGAGACUCUCGAUAAACUGCUUACGGAGUCCCUGAAGAACAACAUCCCUGCAAGCGGACUGCACCUCUUUGGGAUCAACCAGUUGGAAGAAGAAGAUAUGAUGACAAAUCAGAGGGAUGAAGAGCUGCCCACCCUGUUGCAUUUUGCUGCAAAGUAUGGACUGAAGAACCUCACCGCCUUGCUGCUCACCUGCCCAGGGGCUCUCCAGGCCUAUAGCGUGGCCAACAAGCACGGCCACUAUCCCAACACCAUUGCCGAGAAACACGGCUUCAGGGACCUUCGCCAGUUCAUCGACGAGUAUGUGGAGACUGUGGACAUGCUGAAGAGUCACAUUAAAGAGGAGCUGAUGCAUGGUGAGGAGGCUGACGACGUGUAUGAGUCCAUGGCCCACCUGUCCACAGACCUGCUCAUGAAAUGCUCCCUCAACCCUGGCUGUGACGAGGAGCUGUACGAAUCCAUGGCUGCCUUUGCCCCAGCAGCCACAGAAGAUCUCUAUGUUGAAAUGCUUCAGGCCAGUGCAGGUAACCCAGGCUCUGGAGAAAGUUACUCUCGGCCCACUAAGGACUCAAUGAUCCGCAAGUUCCUAGAAGGUAACAGCAUGAAAUCAGCCAGUUUGGAGAGAGAACAGCCCCAUUCCCAGAGGGAAGAUAUUUAUCACAUCGUGGAUGAAGAUGAGACCUUUUCUGUGGACCUUGCCAACAGACCCCCUGUCCCAGUGCCCAGGCCAGAAACUGGUGCUCCUGGCCCUCACCCGCUGCCAGACAACGAGCCAUACAUUUCUAAAGUUUUUGCAGAAAAAAGUCAGGAACGGCUUGGGAAUUUCUAUGUUUCUUCAGAAAACAUCAGAAAAGAGCCACCCGUGAGGCCGUGGAGGGACAGGCCCCCAUCGAGUAUCUACGACCCAUUCGCUGGGAUGAAAACACCAGGCCAGCGGCAGCUCAUUACCCUGCAGGAGCAGGUGAAGCUAGGUAUCGUCAACGUGGAUGAGGCUGUGCUGCACUUCAAAGAGUGGCAACUCAACCAGAAGAGACGCUCCGAGUCCUUCCGCUUCCAGCAGGAAAAUCUUAAAAGACUAAGAGACAGCAUCACCCGAAGACAGAGAGAGAAGCAAAAGUCCGGAAAGCAUGCAGAUCUGGAGAUCACAGUGCCAAUCCGGCAUUCACAGCCCCUGCCUGGAAAAGUGGAGUUUGGAGUGUAUGAGAGCGGCCCCAGGAAGAGCGUGUUUCCCCUCAGGACGGAGCUGAGACGUGGAGACUGGAAAACAGACAGCAUGUCCAGUACAGCAAGCAGUGCGAGUAACCGAUCGAGCACACGGAGCCUCCUCAGCGUGAGCAGUGGGAUGGAGGGUGACAAUGAGGAUAAUGAAGUCCCUGAAAUCACUCGCAGUCGUAGCCCAGGUCCUACCCAAGUGGACGGAGCACCAGUUGUGACCGGAACACCGGUUGUGACCCUUGAGAGGCCCCCCAGGGUGCCUCCUCGAGCUGCUUCACAGAGGCCUCCAACCCGGGAGCCCUUCCAUCCUCCUCCACCGGUUCCCCCCAGAGGUCGCUGAUUUCACCUCCUAAAUCCAGCCUACUUCAGGACUUUUAGGACUUGCAGUUUUCAGCCUGUUGAUAAAGUCUUCCUCUUGAGUAUUCUGCAUGACUACGGACCUUGACAGCUACCAACACUGCUGAUGUUGCAGCCCCGCAGGUUUGGGUGUCCCGUGAAGACAUGGAGGCAUGGUGAAAUCUGAGACUAAAGACUUCGUUCAAUGUCGCCAAGGAUACUGGUUCACGUUCUUGUUUGCCAAAAGGAUGAAGACUCUAUCAAAAUACUGACCUCUCAGAUCGUAUAGCAGGAGCCUAAUAGGAUGGAUGGAAACGUACUUAACAAAUGAGCAUACUGUAGUAAACAUGGAUUAGUCCAUACAUACCUGCUAGUCCAGCCUAGUUUCUAGGAGGGAUUAUAGCACUUCCAGCAAAAGAAGUGGCCCAACUCUGAAGUAGUUCUUCCACAUUUCUGUGUAUGUGCUGGGGCUGGUCACAUAACAAAAAGCUUCAACUGAUUUUAGAAAGGGGUUAAACCGGAUUCCUUUCCCACUGUUGACAUCUGAGGUCCCCCAGAAGUAUGGAACUAAGAGAAGGCA